GUCGCAAAAUGUUCGUUUUCCAAUCGGAAUUUUUCCAAUUCGGAUUCGAAUUUGUGUCUUAGUAAAUCAGCUCCUAAGGCUUUUUGAACUUCCUGAGUUUGAUGUGUUACUUAUAGUUUCAACACAGUUUGCAAUACAUUUCUAGUGGUAAAAUGCGGAGUUUGGUCGUCGCUAUAAAUUUCAUCCUGAAUUAUCUGUUUUCUCAUUUAGAAUUCAUCAUUAUGACUCAAAUAUUUCAAAAAAUCUUCAGAAAAAUCUUUAGAAGAAAGAUCAAGAAAUGCAGUAUUGAUAGUGAAGCUGCACCUGAGGAAAUUCCAGAGAAAAUUGUUGGAAAAGUGAAGGACAAGGAGCUUAUUAGUCCUCUCACUCCAGAGAAGUUCUAUGAAGAGAAAGUGGAUGUUCCUGCUCAGAAGCAGACGGAAUCUGGUGAUAAUGGCAUGGAAGCCACACCUUCAAUUCCCCCAGGACCCAAACCUGAGGAUGAUCUAGAGCGUGAGCUUCAGGGCAAUAGCGUUGAAGACACUGCUCUAGAACCUGAACAUAUCGAAGCUAUAAAGAAGAAGCUUCAGGAAGAAAUAAAACAAAGAAUGGAAGAGAAAUUAAAACAAAAGCGUGAGAAGGAAGCUAUAAAGAAGAAGCUUCAGGAAGAAAUUGAACUGCGAACGGAAGAGAAAUUAAAACAAAAGCGUGAGAUGGAAUCUGGUGACCAAGCGGCACCGAGAAUUCCUCCAGAAGCCAAAGAAGCUAUAAAGAAGAAGCUUCAGAAAGUGAUUAAACGAAAAAUGAAAGAGAAAUUGAAAGGAAAAGGUGAGAUGGAAUCUGGUGACCAACCGCCACCGAGAAUUCCUCCAGAAACCAAAGAAGCUAUAAAGAAGCAGCUUCAGGAAGAAGUGAAACAGCGAAUGGAAGAGAAAGUGAUAGAGAAGGAAAGGACAUGGGCCGAGCGAACCGCUAAGGAAACUCCCACUCAGAUGGUGAAGGCCUUUAAUUGGCAUGGUUCACUUGAUUGGCUGUUUAAGUGCUGCCAAUACACAGGAAUAAGUGGAAAGACUCAGGCAGCGAAUGGAAAGAUAGAAUUCAAGUUUCCUACAGGACCUUCAAAGAGACAGAAGACAUUCGCUAAUCCUGAGAAACAGGAGAAUCCUCGCUUUGAUUCUACGAUUGAAAGGGUUAAUAGAAUCACGAGCCCCCCGAAUGUCAUUACAAGGUUUGUGCCCGGAACCGCACCGACGAUUGAGGACUUCAGGCUCCAAUCACUUCUCGGUGAGGGAGCAUUUGGAAAGGUCUAUCGAGCGCAACACAGGAAGACGGGAAAGACUGUCGCCAUUAAGGCUAUAGAGAGCCGCUGCCUGGAUAUUACCUUUGCGUAUGCUGUUGUUCUCCGAGAGCAACGCAUCCUGCAGCUGGCGAAGAUAGAAAAUUGCCCCUUCCUGACUACACUAUUUGCCUCCUUCAGAACAGAACAUUAUAUCUGCCUUGCCAUGGAUUUUGCUGAAGGAGGAGACUUGUUAUCCCUAUUAGGGGACCAUGCAAUAUCCCAGGAGAGAGCUGUAUUCUACUCAGCCUGUAUGGUCCUUGGGCUGAAGUUCUUGCACGAUCGCAACAUCGCCCAUAGGGAUAUAAAACUAGAGAAUGUCCUACUGGAUAGAGAUGGAUAUGCCAAACUUACUGACUUUGGCAUCAGCAAGGAAGGAAUUGGAUUUUCGGACAUUACCAAAACCCAAUGCGGAACUGCAUUUUAUAUGGCCCCAGAAAUCUUUACAUUUCCCCAGUACACAAGAUCAGUGGACUGGUGGGCACUGGGAGUGGCCAUUUAUAGAAUGCUUGUCGGCAAGUUUCCCUUUGAGGGAGAGAAAAAAGACAGGAUUAUUAUAAAUAUAACCUGCAGGCAGCCGACAUACCCACCCGACCUGCCCGUGGAAUCCCGCAAUCUCUUGGUACAACUGCUGAAUAAAUCCCCAGAGGAACGCCUUGGGUCGGGCAUAAACGGCACUGAGGAUAUAAUGAACAGUGAGUUCUACAAGGUAAGUUGUUUGGGCAUCUUGCUUAGCGGCCAUGUUUGGGGGAAUGUAGUGUCUGUGAUUCCCUCAUUAUUGCUCCCUUAUAAAGUUUCCCUGUGCCCCAUGUGUAUGGAUUUACUGUAUGUACCAGCAGGGAAUAGUAUAUCUGUAGCCUGUAAAUACUCUAAUAACCGGCAUUUGUAUUUCUCCUCUUUUAUAGGGAUUUGACUGGGAGGCUUUACAGAGAAGAGAAGUUCAGCCUCCAUUUGUUCCUACAGUCAAAACUUCAUUCUUCAGUUACUUCAGCUUCGGAAGCCGCGCGCUGCCUCCACCAAUCUGGCCAAUAAGGCUGUUAGAAGACACCAAAAUGGCCUUAAAAGAACUAGAUUGUGGAGAAAUGUCAUCUGAUACGGAGACAUGAGGCGUCAGCGAACUGAGCGGCGAUACGGACUUUACCCUGUAGUUGCAUAAGAAAAGAUAAAGCAGACCCCACGAUUGUGGGGGGGACCCGGGCUGGCCAUUUAGGACAGAGAAAGAGCGCCCCCCGGGACCCUGCCCGUGCCACGAAACGGACAAGCACGGGGGGGUGGUGGAGGGACUGCAGAGUGCAACUCAGGGUGCAAAGGUGGAAGGUGAUUGGAUCAAGGGUGAUGCCACAGAGGACAGAAAUCUGUUUCAAGCUGCUGCCAAGUAGGAAAAGGCAUCUAGUUGAAUGAAUUGUUAAUUAAAGAUCACUUUUUAACAGAUAAAA